UCUGCGUGACUUAACAAAGAAAUUUGUUUUUUUCUUCUUCAUCUUGCUGUUUUUCAAAUGCUCACAAAAAUUAUCGACAUUUUCGGUAGUGAUUACAAAAGUUUUAAAAAUAUUUAUUUAAAUUAAUCAAUCAAUCCCAUUGAUUUAUAGAUCUUUAAAUUAUUAGAAAACCUCAUAGAAAGUGCUGGUGGCAAGUGUUGCGAAGAAAAUUGCAAAAGAAUUGAUUGUUUUCAUCUCAAGUGUUUUUUUUUGUGCAAAACGACGAAGAAGAACGUGAAAAAGAACGUCUAGAGAGCAGAGAGUGACUGACGAUUUUGUGCAAGUUGUGUGUGAAGAAAUCGUUGUUUUUUUCACAAUAAGAAAAUUAAAUUAAAUAAUUGUCAAAAGUAAUUUGUUAUUAAUUUUACGUAAACUGCAUACUUUAAAAAAACAAUAGAAAGACAAACAUAUUUAAGCAGUGCAACAAAGAAACUAUAAAACCGGGUGUAAAGUUGCAGCAAGUGGAAUUUUUAUUCUUUAUUUUCGUUUUUUUUGCUUAUUGUAACCAUCAGGCCCCCACUUCUGUGGUGCUUCUACGUUAUCUACGCAGUCAACAAAUAGAAGAAGAAAAAAAUAUAUAUUUUUUUUUGGUUCAACAACAUGUCUGAAAACAAAGAUGAAAUAUUGGCCAAUUUUCAGAGCAUAACUGGUAUAGAUGAUGUGGGUGAAGCAUUUUCCCAUUUGGAGGAUUGUAACUGGGAUUUAAUGGCUGCUAUACAAAGGGUCAUACCACAAGAUGAUCCUACGCUAGACACACCAGUUGUUCCUUCACUGAGAUCGGAAUCUUCAGGUCUAUUGGGUCGUAAUGCCAGCAGUAGUUCAGCUUUAAAUAAUUUCUCUACUGCACCUGGCCCAUCCACAAGAAAUUGUCCUCGUUGGCUGAAAAAUGCCUCUACAAAUAAUCUGGGCAGCAGUGCUGCUGAAAGUGCAUUCGUACCAGUUGCUUCAACAUCAUCAGAUGCCGAUAUUAUCGAUCUCACCUCAGAUAUGGAUAUAGCUGAGCAUAGAACAUCAACAAAUGCAAUGGCUUCAUUGUCAUCAUCAUCAGCACCCUCAUUGAUAAGACAAAUUAUAUUUAAUAUACAUUUUGAUCAACAAAUCUAUGAUAUACGACUGCCCUCCACUUCAACCAUUGAACAAUUGAAGAAUAAGAUACACGAUGUUACUGGAGUGCCGAUAUGUCGUCAAGCAAUACGCGGCUGGCCGCCUGCUAAAUUAAAUCAAGCUCAAAUACCAACAACUCAAUUGUCUAGCUUAGGUUUGUCGGGUGAAAAUGAAUUAAUAUUGAUUGAUUUAACCGAAGAAGGCUAUAUGGAUUUUGAAAACGAUGAAGUCUCUAGCCGUUUGGAUAAAAAUUUUGUACUUACCAUUGUCCAACAGCCCAGUGGUGUAAGACAUGAAUUGAAUUUCUCUGGUCGUACUACCAUAGAGGAUGUAAAAACAAAAGUUUACUAUGUUACAGAGAUUGCUGUGAGACAUCAAGAAUGGACUGGUUGGCCUCAUGGUUGUGAUAAUGAAACAACAUUAGCGCAAUCUGGCAUACAAUUAAAUCAUAAUUUUAUUCUACAUAAUGCAGCUGAUAAAAUGCGUAAUAAUACUAAUAAUUCAUCUUCCACAACAAGAAGUUCCAAUGCUGUUGGUCUUGAUACUGAUAGUUCGGCUGAUGAAUUUGAAGAUGCCUCAGACUUUAAUGCAUGUGAAGAAUUCUUUACAGAUCCUCCACCAGUACAAUCCACAACCAGACAUUUAAUACCUAAUAAUACAGACAGUGAAACAACGGGCUCCUUACAGUUUGUUGAAAAUUAUAAACAACGUUUUGGUGAACCAUGUCCAUUCUUCUUUACUGGCAGUCUAGAAGAUGCUCUUAAAGAGGCCUGUCACAAACCAGCUAGAGAGCGUAAAUUAUUGGCGAUUUAUUUGCAUCAUGGUGAAAGUAUUUUAACAAAUGUUUUCUGUGAUCGUUUAAUGAAACAUGAAAGCAUAUUACAAACAUUUGCUGAAAAUUUUAUUGUUUAUGGCUGGGAUUUAACGCAUGAAAGCAAUAAACAUUUAUUUUUAUCUUCGGUUACUGGCUGCAUUAGUAAUACCGCCUCCAUGACUGUACGUAAUAUUUCUAUAGAUAAAUUACCUUCGAUAUUGGUAAUUGGUAAAAGUCGUUUAUCGGGUCGUACAUCAUGUGAAAUUUUAUCUGUGAUUCAUGGCAAUGUUGGUUUGGAUGAUUUAUUGUCUCGUUUAUUGGAAUCGGUUGAAAUGUACAAUCAACAUUUACAAGGUGAAAUUAGCGAAGAAGAUGCUCGUGCUGCACGCGAUCAAGUUAAAGCCGAACAAGAUAUGGCUUAUCAGGAAACAUUACAGGCUGAUAUUGCCAAAGAAGCUGCUAAACGUCAAAAAGAAGCUGCUCUAGCAGCUGAACGUCAACGUUUGGAAUCGGAAAAAGCCGAAGAAGAUGCUAGACGUGAAUCGAUUAGAUUAGUGGCUGAACAAUCAUUACCCAAAGAGCCAGCUGAAACGGAAACGAAUAUAUCGAAAAUUCGAGUACGUAAACCAACUGGAGACUUUUUAGAACGUAGAUUUUAUGCAAAUAACACUUUACAGGAUCUAUUAAACUAUGUAGCAUCGAAUGGUUUCUUAAUUGAUGAGUUUAAAUUGAUAUCCAGUUGGCCAAGACGUGAUUUGACCUCUAUAGAUGCCCAGCAAACUUUGCAAGCAUUAAAAUUGUAUCCUCAGGAGACUGUCAUACUAGAAGAACGAUGAUUUUAAAUCACUAAGCUUUGGAAAACAAAA